UCUCCCCCUCUCUCCUCACCAACCAAGGCACUCUCUCGCUUGCCUCCCGUCUUCUCCCCCCGGCCCGGCCCUCUCUCUCUAGUUGCCAAAUCGCAGAGGCAGCAACAACAACAGAUCCAAUACAUACUAGGUUCCAUUGCAUCACACAUCAGUCACUCCAAACCAUCAAAUCACACACCCAUCAGAUCACACAGGCAAAGAGGAGAGAGAGAGGGUGAGGAGGAAGAUGAGAGAGAUAUACUACUAAACUAUCUAUCCAUCCAUCAAUCAGCAAUCGCGUGCCGCCUUUCCACUCACGUACACCACCACCACCACCUCUCACCUCGGUUGGUUCGUUGCCGCGUCAAAUCGGGGCAAGAAGCCAGCCCUGUUGCAGUGUUGCUUCGCGUGCUCUGCUGUUGCUUGCUGCACCACGCACGUACCUGAAGAAAGCAGCGAUCCAUCGAUCGACCGGUGGUUCGCUGUCGGCAUGUCGUCCUCGUCCUCGUCGUCCUCCGCUGCCUCCGCGGCCACGGUGUUCCCGCCGUCCCCGCAGCUGCCGCCGUCCCCGCUCCUGGUGGAGAACCUCCCGCCGCUGCAUCAGCUCACGCCGGUAGCGGCGGCGGAGGCCGCCGCGCCGGCCUCCGAGCAGCUCUGCUACGUGCACUGCCACUUCUGCGACACCGUCCUCGUCGUGAGCGUGCCUACGAGCAGCUUGUUCAAGACGGUGACGGUACGAUGCGGCCACUGCAGCAGCUUGCUCACUGUCAACAUGAGGGGCCUCCUCUUCCCGGGAACGCCGACGAACACAGCCGCAGCGGCCGCACCACCAGCUGCUGUCACCGCCAGUACCACCACCACCACCACCACCACCAUCACCACGGCGCCGCCGCCGGCCACCUCGGUCAACAACGGGCAGUUCCACUUCCCCCAGUCGGUCGACCUCGCGCCCAACCCUCACCACCAAUCCCUCCUGCUGGAUGAGAUAUCCAGCGCGAACCCGAGGCUGCAGUUGCUGGAGCAGCACGGCCUCGGCGGCCUGAUCCCGAGCGGCAGGAACGCGGCCGCGCCGGCCCCGCCCCCGCCGCCUGCAGCGGCCGGUAAAGGGGCCAAAGAGCCGUCGCCGCGCACUAACCCCGUCAUCAACAGACCUCCGGAGAAGAGGCAGCGCGUGCCGUCGGCGUACAACCGCUUCAUCAAGGACGAAAUCCAACGCAUCAAGGCUGGCAAUCCCGACAUCUCGCACAGGGAGGCCUUCAGCGCGGCCGCCAAGAACUGGGCGCACUUUCCACACAUCCACUUUGGACUCAUGCCGGAUCACCAGGGGCUCAAGAAGACAAGCCUGCUUCCUCAGGAUCUCCAGAGAAAGGACGGGCUUCUAAAGGAAGGGCUCUACGCGGCGGCAGCCGCCGCCGCCGCUGCGGCAGCCAAUAUGGGGGUUGCUCCAUACUAAUAUAAUUACUCCUACUCAACAAGCUUAGAGUAGCAAGUUGCUACUGUUACCUAGCUUCGGAGAAUGUCCUUUUAACAAGUGGCUCUAUGAACUUAUGAAGCUAUGUAUCUAGUAGGGCUUAAUUAGUGACCUCUCUUAAAUUAGCUUGGUUAAACGUUCCAAUCACGCACGUACGUACGUAUCUGCUGUGUGCCUGUGUAAACCUGGUCGAUCGAUCGAGCUCAUCAUUUGAUGGCUAGCUAGGUGUAUCCUUCUCUAGCUAAUAUAUAUCUAUGUUUUUUC